CAUCGGCCAGCCUCGCACUCGUUUGGAGCAGCCUGAUUGGCUGGGAAGGCAGAUUCGGCACGGACCCACUUGAAUCCGGCCAGCAUGCUCCGCGCCAGAGCCCAGCCUUCCAGGACGACGCCAUAUGAAAAAGAGUUCAAGCAGACGAUAGUCAGUCGAGACGACCAGCAACGACGGAAUUGAACCUCGAAUCACGGUCCGGACACAUUCGCGACACACAAUCUGCAGCCUCGUAUCGGUGCCUUUGCGCAGUCUCGAGCAAUCAUGAAUCGACCAGGAGCGGUGCCGCAGUCGUUGCGCGGAAUGCCUGGCGCUUUCGGAGGCCAACAGCAACCACAGCAAGGCCGAUCUGUGUCAACUCGAUUACCGAAUGGUAAACUAGCGAACAAUACCUCAGGCUGGGCGUUCAACGCAGCUGUUCCCAUGGGCGGUGCUGCCUUUCAGAACCAGGCUCGCCAGCUGGGCGGCAAUGUCAGCUUUGCGCAGAGCUUGAGCGGGUCACAGCCUGCAACACCGCUCGACCUUUCGGAAUUUCCUUCUCUGUCGAACAACUCUCAGAUCCCCAGCACUACCCAGGGAUCGAUGUGGUCUACGGCGGGCUCUUCGCGAACCAUCAGCGGGCCAAUCCAGCGGAAUCAGCCGGCGCCAGGCCCUUCCCAGCAGGGCGGCCAAGAUGACCUCUUUGGUCCCCCGUCGUCGCGGCUGCAGCAGUCAAACCAGGGCCCCUUUCGCUUCGGGCCACAGCCGACGCAAGUCCAGCCUAAUAGUGUCGACGAUUUCCCUCCGUUGAACCGGACUUCCAACGGAGAGAUAGGCUCAGAACGUGGAGCCAACUUGAUGUCCUCUCUGGGCUUCAACCCGCAGAACCCUGGCUCCUCAGGGCCUAUGCAGAACAACGGUGGAAACGGCCUGCUGAACGCUCUGACGGCGACAAACCGGGCAAACGAAGCACGAUCGUCGCCUGCCAUAGGCACGGCAAACGGUCCUGGUAGACAGCAGCAACAACAACAACAGCCGCCACAGCCUCCGACCCAGGCUCAGCCGCAGCCACAGGCACAGCAGCAACAGCACGAUAGUAAGCAGAAGGCGGCAACGGUUCGGGAAGACGACUCGGCAAAGGCGUCAGAACGCAAGGACAGCCAGUCUGCAGAGGUCGUAGACCCACUAGCUGGUAUGCCUGCGGUUGACAAAUGGGGCAUCAAGGGACUGCGGACACUGAUGAACACCUACCCCGAUUAUCACGCCAUGAUUAUAGGGAUGGAUCCCAGCACCAUUGGCCUCGAUCUGAGCUCCCCCGAACUGAUUUCAACCCAAGUCUACUCAUUAUUUGACGACGCUCCUCCAAAGCCGACAGUGAACCUUAACAAGUUUCGACUGCCCGAGUGCUACAGCGUGACAAAUGUGCAGCCGAUAGACACCAAGAUACAGAGCUUCAACGAAGAGACUCUGUUCUGGAUCUUCUACAGCUGUCCCUUGGAUGCGAAGCAGCAGAUGGCUGCAGUAGAGCUGCAUUCUCGGAACUGGCGAUGGCACAAGAAACUGCAAGUCUGGCUAACAAAGGACGAGCACAUGACGCCUCAAAUUCUGAGUCCAAACCACGAGCGAGGAUACUACAUUGUGUGGGAUACCGCCACUUGGCGAAAGGAUCGAAGAGAGUUCACGCUGCACUAUGGAGAUCUGGACACGUCCCUGGGACAGCCACCGCCAGUUCUGUCAUAA